CAAUCGAAGCCCACCAUAGGAUUCAGACCCGACCCUUCUCUUCCACAAGGAAGCUCAAAAGACCAAAAUUUAACAUCCCUUUAAUGUUGAUGAUUCAAAGGCCAUGGUCAUUCUCAAUCUUAGCAGAGGUUUAGGGUUUAACCAGAAGCAAUUAUUCUUCUUCCCCAAGUUUUUCUUUCUCCGUCCUUUCAUGGCUUCUUCUCCCGUCGCUUCGGUCUCCUCUCCUUCUUCUGGCGAUCCCAUUUCUGUAAAGCGAGUGGGCACUCACCAUGGAAGCUUCCAUUGCGACGAAGCCCUUGGUUGCUUCAUGAUUCGCCUCACGGAUAAGUUCUCCAAUGCUCAAAUUGUUCGAACCCGAGAUCCCCAGGUUCUACAAGGUCUUGAUGCAGUUCUUGAUGUUGGGGGCGUGUAUGAUCCAAGUCAUGAUCGAUAUGAUCAUCAUCAAAAGGGUUUUGAAGAGGUUUUCGGCCAUGGUUUCUCCACUAAGCUCAGCAGCGCUGGUCUUGUUUACAAGCAUUUUGGGAAGGAGAUUAUUGCAAAGGAGCUUCAGGUUGAUGAAGGGCACCCAGAUGUGCAUAGGCUAUUUUUGGCUGUUUACAAAAGUUUCAUGGAGGCAAUUGAUGCUGUAGAUAACGGCAUCAAUCAGUAUGAUAUUGACCAGCCACCAAAAUAUGUGAACAACACACACCUAUCUUCAAGGGUGGGGAAGUUAAAUCUGGACUGGACGGACCCCGAUCAAUCACCGGAAAAUGAGAACAAGGCCUUUGAGAAAGCAAUGGUUUUGGCUGGUGGAGAGUUUUUGGAUAGCGUUCGGUUUCAUGCGAAAUCGUGGCUACCAGCAAGGUCAAUUGUGAUGGGAUGUCUUGCAGCAAGAUAUGAAAUUGACCCUAGCGGAGAAAUAAUGGUUUUGACAACAUUUUGCCCUUGGAAACUUCAUCUAUUUGAGCUCGAGGAGGAGAUGAAGAAUGACAAUUUGAUCAAAUAUGUGCUGUAUCAGGACGACAGAAGCAAACACUGGCGGGUGCAGGCAGUGGCAGUAUCUCCGGACAGAUUUGAGAGUCGCAAGCCUCUGCCUGCUCAGUGGCGAGGUCUAAGGGACGAGGAACUCUCGAAAGAGUCUGGGAUCCCUGGCUGUGUGUUUGUCCAUAUGAGUGGCUUUAUUGGCGGAAAUCAAACUUAUGAAGGGGCUCUUACCAUGGCAAAACAUGCACUGAAGCUGUAGAAAAUCACAUCUAUUUACAUAUUUACUCAGCUCGUGGCACCGGUCCAGAGAAUCUCGUGUCAAAUGUGAGUCCAGGGCUUACUGUUUUGUGACUUUCCGAAGUCCCAUACUCUAUUCUUUCAAUUUGAAACAUUUGCUGUAGAAACAAGAGGAGGUUAUUCUUAUGGGAAGCGAAGUCAUAAGACAUCUUGGAUUUUGGUUAUUUGGAAAUUGAAGUCUGUAAUACCAUACAGAACAAGGAAACUAUCUACUUUUCCACAGGAGAUUUUGCUUUUUAGAUGUCUCGGCUCAAGUUUUUAGGUUUAGUGGUAAUUUAAACUUCGACAAUAAUUGCUUGCUCUUAUAUUAGAUUUAUGAUUGAGAACUUUCUAGCUC